AUGUCUAGAAAAUCGUUCAAGAGAGUUUGUUUGUUUGUUUGUAUUUGUGAGAGAUUUCUAUUUCUUUGAAUUUUUGUUUUUGUGAGAAGAUGUCUUGCUGUGGUGGAAACUGUGGGUGCGGGACCGCUUGCAAGUGUGGCAGUGGAUGUGGAGGAUGCAAGAUGUAUCCUGAUUUCUCUUUCUCCGGAGAGACCACUACCACUGAAACACUGGUGAUCGGGGUUGCUCCUCAGAAGGGACAGUUCGAAGGUGGUGAGAUGAACGCCGGAUCUGAGAACGGCUGCAAGUGUGGAUCAAACUGCACCUGCGAUCCAUGCAACUGCAAAUGAGAUGGACCGAAAUUCCUAUAAAUAAUCGUAUGUUUGUGGGAGUGUUUGUAGGCUUGAAUCUGGAUCGUAGAAUAAGUGGGCCAUGUGUUUCUAUGAUGUGAUCAUGGUCUUGAAUCUCUUGAGCAGCCUUUAAUGUUAGUUUGGGUGUCUUUCUAGUGUACAAAUUCUGCCAGUGGAUAUGAUGUAUUGGGGUUAAUGUAUGUUUGAAUGACUUUUAAUGAAUUAAAAGAGAUAGGAAAUUUAA